AUUAGAAAACCCCUCUUCAGCCGAAAUCAGAAACCCUAGUUUUCACAAUAAAUUGAAAUCGGGGCGGUGCUGGAGAAGAAGAAGAAGAACAAAGCAAGACAAUCAUGGCGGAGCAUUUGGCUUCUAUAUUUGGUACAGAGAAAGACAGGGUGAAUUGCCCUUUCUACUUUAAGAUCGGUGCGUGUCGGCAUGGUGACCGCUGUUCCAGGCUUCACACAAAGCCUAGCAUCAGUCCGACCUUAGUUCUCUCUAACAUGUACCAGCGUCCUGAUAUGAUCACUCCUGGUGUUGACCCUCAAGGCCAGCCCCUUGACCCUCGCCAGAUCCAGCGCCACUUCGAGGACUUCUAUGAAGAUUUGUUUGAAGAGCUUAGCAAGUAUGGAGAGAUUGAAAACCUUAACAUCUGUGACAAUUUAGCUGACCACAUGGUUGGUAAUGUUUAUGUCCAGUUCAGAGAGGAAGAUCAUGCUGCAAGUGCUCUUCAGAAUCUUACAGGAAGAUUUUAUGCAGGACGUCCAAUCAUUGUUGACUUCUCCCCAGUGACUGAUUUUCGGGAAGCCACGUGUAGGCAGUAUGAGGAAAAUGUAUGUAACCGAGGCGGCUAUUGCAACUUCAUGCAUCUGAAAAAGAUAAGCAGGGAGUUGAGGAGGCAAUUAUUUGGGAAGAGUAGUAGGCGAAGGCGCAGCCAUAGUAGAAGCCGAAGUCCGCGUGGUAAUCGCAAUUAUGAAGAGCCGCGCCCACAGGGAGGCCGUGGUUUUGGUAGAAGAGGAGGUGGAGGAGGUGGUGAUCGCUACCAUGAUAGAGGUAGGAGGCCUAGAAGCAGAAGUCCUGGACGAAGGAGCGGACAGAGCAGAAGUCCUGGGGGUAGGAGAAAUAGAAGUCCAAAUAGGGAAGGAAGUGAGGAGAGAAGAGCAAAGAUUGAACAAUGGAACAGAGAAAAGGAAGAGACGGGUUCUGGGAGGAAUCAUGGUGGUGGGACACGUAGGGAAGACAGGGAAGGCAGUGCUGAGAGGAGGGCAAAGAUUGAUCAAUGGAAUAGGGAGAAAGAAGAGGCAGAUUCUGCUAAAUAUGAUAAUUUUGAUGCUGAUAAUGGCAGGAAUGAUGGUGGUGAUCACUAUGGAGAACAGUUUGAUGAUGAUUACCCGAAGCAGCAGUAGGUAGAAAAUGGAAGUGAUGGCUGCUAUAGUAUUGUUGCUCUGGUUAGUGGUACUUCCAUCGUACUUAUUGUUUCACCUGAAUGUCUUUCAAUCUUAGUGGCACAUUGCAGAAGUAUAGCUCACUGUCCAUUUUCCACUGUGCAGGGUGGAGUACAGGUCCACUGUCCUAUGAUUUUGAAAAAAGCAUUACCCAUCUUUUGUCUUCUUUUUACCAAAUUUUUAAAGUACAGGACUUUGUUUAACAGGGAUCAUAGUGAGGCCUACUUAGGAACACUGCCAUUUUUCCCGACUCUGAUGCAUCCGUUGCUUGCACAGUGAAGCUUGCAGUGCUCAAUUUUUCUUGUUAAUAUUUCCAAUGUCCUUUUUCCUGUCUCCUAUUGACAACUAUUUAUUUCUUAUAUAGGGAACCAGCCAACAGUAAUAUAGCACCUGUUAAUUGAUAUAACAUCUUUUUAACUUUAGGGUCUCUGGUCAAAUGAUUUUUUUUCUUUCCCUGGUUCAUUUUUCCUGAAAAUGGAACAUUUGAUUAAAGUGAUUGGGAGUUAAAAACAUAGCCCUUCCAAGAUUUCUGCCCACCUUAGAUUUGUUAGUUGUCUACAGUCUAAGGGCUUCUCUCUUUCUAGGAUAAUUCAUAGAGUUUGUCAUUCUUAUAAGAUUGAUGUUAUCUAUUCCAAGGUUUUGCAGGUUAAAAGGUUCCUGCUUUGCAGUGGUCGUGCCUACCUUUACAUAGCAGCUUACAAUGGUCUUGUAUACAGGUUUUCUCUGCUGCAGACGAGUCCAUGGGACUUUUAACAUGCUAGGGAUGACGAGAAGUGAAGGAACCAAGUCCAUGAACCUAUGAAGUUCUUUCCGUUUUGGAGUUUUACCAUUUGUUAGGCAUUACAGGUUUAUAUCCUCAAAGACAAUAGUGCUGUGUAUAACUGUACUGGUCUGUGACCUGUUGGGUUGAGUUUCAUUUCAGUAUUUAAUCGUGUUUACUUUCAGUGGUUUGGAGGUUUCUGUUGAAACAAAUUUGCUGAAGAGAGCAGGAUUUUUAUGUGGUAAUUGCUAGACUGCAGUAUAAACUCCUUUUGCAGUU